AUGUCUGCUGAAAGUAUUGUGUCAACAAAUUUCGUGGCUCAACAUUACAGAGGUGAGUUUAAAUUAUCGAACCUCAAUACUCUAAAAAGUCACUCUUUACGAACAACGCCAUUUUGUCCAAUGCCGAAUAUCAAUCUCGAAUUUUGUUUCGAAAUAAGUUAUAUGCAUUAUAAUAUAAAUUCCGAUCUCACGGUACACGGACAUGAAUUUAUAUCACUGAAACUGAAAUUGCUAACUUUGUGCGCAUCUGAUCUACCGAAAACCAUGAAAUUAAAACUGGAUGUUGGUCUAAACUUCAUAGAUCGUUCCGUUUUACACAGAUACAAAUUGUUACCAGCUCUGACAACUGAUGAAAUGAAAUCGGUCGUUUUUGAUGAUAUAUUAACUUCCCACUAUAAUCAAAGAGAAAUCAUGAUUAAAUUAGCAAAAGAGCAUUCCUUUAUACUACAUUGUGAAAUGGAAUUUUUUAACCACAUCCAUUCUCCUCCAUCUUACUACAAAGAACUAAGCUUUUCCAACCAUUUGAAACACUUUGCAACGAACUUCAAAUCUCUUCAGAAGUUUGGUGAAUUGAGUGAUAUCAACAUCAAUAUCGGUGAGAAGUCGCUUCCUGCCCACAAAGCUGUCCUGGCUGGGCAUUCUCCUGUUUUCAAGAACAUGUUAAGUCAUGAUUUCAAAGAAUCCUUGACAAAUACUAUAACAAUCACCGAUUCUACUUUCGAAGUGUUCGAAUGCUUUCUUCAAUAUCUGUACAGUGGUGAAAUCGAAGAUAAAUCUUGGCCAACUGCAAAGGAACUUUAUGCUUUAGCUGAUAAAUACGACGUUUUAAGUUUGAAGCAACUUACAGCCGAAAUAAUUAGUUCUGAAAUAUGUCUUGAAAAAGUAUGUGACAUUCUAAAUCUUGCCUUCGAUUAUGAUGAUGACAAAAUAAAGAGAGAAGCGGUUGGUUUUGCUGCAGUACACUUGAGAGAACUUUUACCAACAAGCGAAUGGAAAGAGUUGGUUGCAAAACAUCCACGUGCAGGAUACGAAGCUGCUAUUAGCUACAUUAUUUAA